CACGCCAACAGGUGCAUGCUAGAAAAGAGGCGCCAGUUUUGCAUCCUCUCCAACCACUGGGACACCCUCAGCUUCUGCGGAAGAAGAGACGGCGAGAUGAAGGUUCUGCUGCUCAGCGUUGUCCUUGGUCUGCUUUAUGCAGGCCUAGGUGAAGCUCAGCUGCUUCUCGUACCGUUUUCAGGGGCAUGGAAAACCCAUUACCUCGCAGCCAGUAACAAAGAGAUUAUCUCCGAGGGCGGGCCAUUCCACAUUUACUUACGUCAUGUUCAGUUUCAUCCAAAUGACACAGUUGACAUCGACUUUUAUGUCAAGUCAGAUGGAGAAUGCAUAAAAAAACGUGUCACAGGGGUAAGGCGAGAAGGUUUGACUUAUGAUAUUGAAUAUGCGGGUCAAAAUGAACUUAAAAUUCUUCACUUUUCACUUAAGGCUAUAGUAGGAUAUAUUCACAAUGUGGCUGAAGAUGGAAAAGAGACAGACUUGGUUGGGAUAAUCGGUAUGUAUGGCAUUCCACAUUUCCCAUUGCCACUGUCACACCACAUGUCCAUGUCAGAACUUUCAUUCAGAAAAUGACGAGGUUUUGACAAU